AUGUAUAGAAAAACAACAAUUAAAAAUGCUAAUGUUAUUGGUCUUCAUGGUGAUUUUACAUCAAAUGCUGGUACUAUUUCUUCUGCUGGUAAUUUUGUACUAUGUGGUGGUGGUAUUGGUUUAGUUAUUGGUGAAUUUGAUGGUCUUAUUAAUUUUGAAUUUUUUACUUAUUAUCUCAUUCAUAUCGCUCGUGAAAUAGCUUGUAAUGUAUUAGCACCAGCAUUUACAAAAAUUAUUGAAUUUAUAGAACAACAAGAUGAAUCAGCUGAUGGAUUAUUUGCUAAUAUUAAAUAUGUCUUAGAAUCUUAUGAAUUAGAAUUAGAAAAACUUAAUUCACUUGGAUCUGAUAAUACAAAUGUAAAUGUUGGUAAUAACCAUAGUGUAUUUUCAUUAUUUAAUGAAUUAAUACCACUUUUAAUACAAGGUAAUUGUUAUUGUCACAUCCUUCACAACUCAGUUCAACACGGACACGAUCAUUUAUUAUUUGAUAUAGAAACUGCUAUUUUAAAAAUUUAUUCACAUUUUUGUCGGUCAUCUGUUCGUUCGCAAGAAUUAACGAAAUACUUCGAGUUCAUUGAUCAAGAACAGAAGGUUACACUUCAACGUAUUCGUACACGUUGGCUCAGUUUAUUAUUAUCCAUCGAACGUUUAAUCGCUAUUUAUCCAGUAGUAAAGAGUUACUUCUUGAAUCUCAAAGAUGGAACAUGUCCAAAAAUAUUACUCGACUUUUUUACGUCUCAUAAAGGUGAAUGUACAUUAUUUUUUUCGAAGAAUAUAUUAUCAGAAGUACAAGAAGCAAAUAUAUUAUUGCAAAAACAUUAUAUAACUGGUGUAAAUUUAUACAGUAUAAUUAAAGAUUUACUUUAUAAAUUAAAUAAUCGUUUACGUGAUGAUUAUUUUGAUGCUAAAGUAAUGGAAUUAUUAGAGAAAAUUCACGAUUCAAAUGAAGUCGAUGACUUAAAAAAUGAAGUUGAUAUUGAAAAGCUUGAAUGGAAAAAUAUUGAACAUUGUUUUUCCUAUAUUGAUGAUAAGAAGAUCAAUAAAGAUCUUUUAUACAAUGAUUUUAAUCAUUUAAAAUCUAAAUUUGUUCAACUUAAGGACAAGUUUGGUGGUAUUAAUAAACAAGUACAAGAAUUUAUUUCAUCAAAUUUAAGUUUGUACAAACAAGGUGGAACAAUGUCAAAUGAUGAAGUUAAAUUAUGUAGUGGUGGUGAAUGUGAUGUUGAAGCUGAAUUCGAAGAAUCUGAUUCAUCAAAUUCUGAUAUUGAUCAAAGUGAUAUUGCUACAGAUAAUCAACCAGAAACAUUACAGAAGACCGGUGUUACAUGGUCUAUAUAUUCAAUUCCGGUACAAGGUAGAAUAUCUGCAGCUAAUAUAAUAAAAAAAAAGAAACCAGGUUCUAUUACUAAAGUCCA